CGACUCAAAGCUUCCAAACGUAUCCCUCAGCCACCCAUGUCAUCAUUAUGGUCUUGACACGUUGCACGUCGGGAAACGUCGCCUUGUUUUCAUCGCGUUGCAUGCUGGGGGCUGUAGUUCGCCAGGCUGAGCGCAUCCGGUUGAUCCCGAGGGAAAUAAAAGCAAUGCGAACUACAGUUCCCGGGCCCGGCGGCACAGAGGGGGAUUGGCACUAAAGAGAAAAGAGCCGGCUCUGAUCUGGCUGAUAGAGGUGCAACAUGUCUGCGAAAGUGAAGGUGCGAGCGGCGGCCAAUGCCGAGUCCAUGUCUGGGGCCGUGUCUGUCAAUGAGCGGAUCCUGCGGGACUGUCACUCCUUAUACAGCGACCCCGAGACCGAUUGAAAGCUCUUUUUCACAGGACCCUCCUCUCCUUUUGUACCGGUAUUGGCUGUGAUGUAACUCCAUGUGUUCCAUGUCUCAUCUCUCUCGCCUCCCACCUGGGAAUCUCUUUCCUGCCCCCCCGCAAGAAGAUAUUUGUGAUGCUGAUGGGGAAUCACUCGGCCGGGAAGAGCAGCUUCAUUAACUGGUAUAUCGAGGAACACAUACAGAGGACGGGAGUUGCCAUUGAGACCCAGGGAUUUGCCUUUAUAACCAGCGGCCGCAAGAGGGAAUCCCUGACGGGUGAUGCCACACUACACUUGUACCCGCACUUCAAGCCUUUACAGUCGUUUGAGGGUGUGUCCGAAUACCUCUCUACGGAAAUCUCCACCUCCCGCCAGAAGAAGUUCAGUUUGGUGACAUUCGUGGAUACCCCGGGCCUGGUGGACGGGGACAUGAAAUAUCCCUUUGAUGUCAACAAAGCCCUUCUGUGGCUCGGGGAGCUGUGUGACCUGGUUCUGGUCUUCUUUGACCCAAUGGGCCAGGCCCUCUGCAAACGAACACUGGAUAUAGUGGAGAAGAUUAACGAGCAUCACGGGGAGAAGCUCCGAUUCUAUCUGAGUAAAGCAGACGAGGCCGGGGGAGAGAGUGACCGACAGAGAGUCCUCAUGCAGAUCGUUCAGGAGUUGUGCAAACGGCCCGGACUGAACAAGUGCGGCUUUGAUAUGCCAACUAUCUAUAUACCCAACCCCAACAAGCCCAGCCGCUGUGUCAAUCAGAUAGAAGAGGUGUGCCAGGCCAUAGAGAAGACCAUCACCCAGACAGUCCAGAGCACCCUCAACACCCUGGGGAGAGACUGCCAGAGACUGACUGACAGCAUCCAGGCCAAGCUACAGGAAGAUGAUGAAACCAUCAGCAGGAACCGGCGUGCCCGACUUCGAGGCUGUAUGUUUGGCCUGAUGGGAUUGAUGAUUCCGCUUUUCCUCUUGGCCUCGGCCCUAUUUGGCACCAUCCCUGAGGAGAUCUGGCACUCCAUGCUGGGGAGGGAUGGAGCCGAGGCUCUGGCACUCUAUCUGUCCCCUCUGCAGUCCGUGUGGUCGGUGCUCCCUGAGGGUUACGUGGCCCAUGUGUUUGUGACAUUGGCCAUCUUGUCUGUGGUGUUUGUGCUAGUGGCCCAGAGGUGUUUCAGGACCCGUGAGACUCUGAGUAAGAAGCAGCGCCGGUACCUGCUGGAUCGCCAGGCCUACGUCACUGAUGUGGUGUCACAUAAAAAGAAGCAACUCUAUGAGGAUUACCUGAAGCAGAGUGUGGGGGAGCACGACAUGAGCUGAUCAGCACUGGAGCCACCCGCAGAAACAAAACCAACUCUUUUUCUCAUACCUCAACCUGAGAGCCAGCGUGGCAUCUAUGCUCUGAUUUACUCAUCAAAGUAACAUGUUACAAAUGCCCCUACUCUCUAUGUUCCCACUGCAACCAGUGCUACUGGGCCUGCAUCUGACAUUUUUUAAACUGGACUUCAGUUGGGUAACCCAUGUCUACUCUAUCCCCUCGACCUACAGACUGACCUUCAGUUGGGUAACCCACGUCUAUUGUAUCCCCUCGACCUACAAACUGGACUUCAGUUGGGUAACCCACGUCUACUCAAUUCCCUCGACCUACAAACUAGACUUCAGUUGGAUAAUCCACGUCUACUCUAUCCCCUCGUCCUACAGACUGGACUUCAGUUGGGUAACCCACGUCUACUCUAUCCCCUCGUCCUACAGACUGGACUUCAGUUGGGUAACCCACGUCUACUCUAUCCCCUCGUCCUACAGACUGGACUUCAGUUGGGUAACCCACGUCUACUCUAUUCCCUUGACCUACAAACUGGACUUCAGUUGGGUAACCCACGUCUACUCUAUUCCCUUGACCUACAAACUGGACUUCAGUUGGGUAACCCACGUCUACUCAAUUCCCUCGACCUACAAACUAGACUUCAGUUGGAUAAUCCACGUCUACUCUAUCCCCUCGUCCUACAGACUGGACUUCAGUUGGGUAACCCACGUCUACUCUAUCCCCUCGUCCUACAGACUGGACUUCAGUUGGGUAACCCACGUCUACUCUAUUCCCUUGACCUACAAACUGGACUUCAGUUGGGUAACCCACGUCUACUCAAUUCCCUCGACCUACAAACUAGACUUCAGUUGGAUAAUCCACGUCUACUCUAUCCCCUCGUCCUACAGACUGGACUUCAGUUGGGUAACCCACGUCUACUCUAUCCCCUCGUCCUACAGACUGGACUUCAGUUGGGUAACCCACGUCUACUCUAUCCCCUCGUCCUACAGACUGGACUUCAGUUGGGUAACCCACGUCUACUCUAUUCCCUUGACCUACAAACUGGACUUCAGUUGGGUAACCCACGUCUACUCUAUUCCCUUGACCUACAAACUGGACUUCAGUUGGAUAAUCCACGUCUACUCUAUCCCCUCGUCCUACAGACUGGACUUCAGUUGGAUAACCCACGUCUACUUUAUUCCCUUGACCUACAGACUGGACUUCAGUUGGAUAACCCACGUCUACUUUAUUCCCUUGACCUACAGACUGGACUUCAGUUGGGUAACCCACAUCUACUCUAUCCCCUCGUCCUACAGACUGGACUUGAGUUGGGUAACCCACGUCUACUCUCUCCCCUCGUCCUACACCGUGACCCACUCUACUGAACUACAGCCAGGGGGAGGCAACCAUUGCCAGUAAAGUUGUUAUUGUAGUACACUGUGUAGUGGUUCAGCUCAGACCUACUGACUAUUUGUUACAAUGAGUCCCACGUGAUCCCCGAGACACCGUGAACCCCGACAUUGAUCUGAACACUCCUUCCCAUAAGCACUACUACAUUGAAAUAAAAUGGCGGCUGAGUAUAGUGGUACUGAGCACAGUGCAUAUAUUCUGAGUAGCGGCUCCUCAGAUUUCCUAGUGCCUUUUUGUUUUUUUACGUUUAUAAAAACUGUGAAAGUGCAAGUCUUCUGCCAGUAUUGGGGGGCUGGGGUGAUGUUGCCAUGUUACAGUCAAAUACCAUGUUUUUGUUUUUGUACAACAAAUAAAUUAUUUUCUGACUCUG